AUGCGAUCUUUAUCCAUAGUAUUAACCGCAAUACUGUUAUUGAGUCAAUCGAACGCGUUUAAUUUAACCGAAACCAUCAAAGGUAUCGGUCGAAAAGAACAAAGUGUCGCUGUAAGAGGUCGAUUGUUGUGUCAAGGAAAGCCGAGCUCAGGUGUUGUAAGUUUCAUAGAACAUUUUUUACAUUUUUAGUAACAGAAGAUCAAAUUAUACGAUCACGACACCUUUACGAUGGAUGAUCUUAUGGACGCUGGGUAUACUAGUCAAAACGGAUACUUUUUAUUGGCCGGUUAUUCGAAGGAGAUCAUGACUCUUAACACCCAUGUUAACGUGUAAGUUAAUUAAAAUCAACAUUAUCUAAAUAAUCUCCAUCUUUUUAUAACGGAGAUUCGGUAGCUUUACUAAACACCAAAUCUGGUUGGAACCCAAAAUAUUUCUCAAGUUUCAAUAUAUUGUUCCAGUUACCACAAAUGCAACUACACUUCACAAAUCCCUACGUGCUUCCAGAAAUUUACAAUCAAGAUACCGAAAAGCCACGUAGUUGAGAGCAAUGAACCAGACUUUAAUAAAGCCUUUUUUAUUGGCACAAUAAAUUUGGAAAGAGAGCAAAAAGGACAAUCAACCGAUUGUAUCAACCUAAGUUAA